UUAAAUAAUAUUUAAUUGCCACAUUUAACAUCCAGACCUCCUAUCAAAACACCAGACAGCAAAAGAAAGCAAUUGUACUUGCAGUUACCUCGAAGGAAAUCUGACAUUUUGACCAUCAUCCAGAUAUGGGACUUGUCGAAGACCCUCAAGGAGAAGAUAUCAAUGCUUCAUUUCUGACAUAUACCUUCCGCGUGCCUUCCAUGGUCUUUUAAUCCACGGAGGAAUCAUCCAAGAACAUAUUAAUAACAGUUUUUGAAAGAUAAGUGAGAAUGUCAAAAUCUUCGAAUUGUCUUUAAAGCAAAUUAUUAACUGAGAAAUGCUCGCAAGUAUUUUAGUUCAAACACAGCAAAAACUAAUAAGGCUCUCCAUGGUAUUGAUCGCAGGAAAAAGCCAUGCACAAAAUACUUUUAUUUGUAUUCUUAGCCUUCAAUGGAUACUUGAAACCAUGGAGGAUUCUUGCAAACUAAGCCUCGGACGUUUUUCUUUUUGGAUUACAAAACAACUUUCGAGAAGUUGGUUGUCGAGACUUUCAUGGAACUGCCAACAAAUCGGUAUUGCAAAUCAAUGGACAUCGCAUUCAUGGCCGAAGCUUUCUCUUUGAUUUUGCGAAUCAAGAAUGAUGAUAGUUUAGAAGUCAGAUACCUGCCAUGAAGAUACUAACAAAAAAAUCAUCCCAGGAACGUUCUCAAUAACAUGAAGUAAUAUUAUUCAUUUCAUUUGUUGUAAACAACAUUUAAGCAAACGGGCCUGGCAAUUAAAUAUACUUUACUGGGCCCGUCCACUGUUUAAGCCUGCUUGACCCAAAGGGUCUACUGAUGGCCACUAUUAUUUUGGCUCACCAUUAUUUUUUAGUUUGUGGUUGCAAAUAAUUGUGGAGUUGCACACUCAAAAGAUCUUACGAAUUUGUUAGAGCUUAGUCGACUGCAGCAGGCAAAUUGGUGGCAAAAAUUCAGAAAAUUUAAGGAGAGACACAGAGAUGCGUAUGCUGCCGCACUGUCCCAUGGGAAGUGGGCGGGGCAGCAUGGUGCGGGAUAUGUGCUGGAUGGGAGGGGGGAUGGGGAAGGUGGCGCAACCACUAGCAAAGUGGAAUGAAGCGUAUGCGUGUGUAAUUAAGUGUCGCAAAAAGACGCAGGCAAAAGCGAAAGCAAAGCAAAGCAAAAGCAGAUUGUACUGGGCGCUGCUUAGGCUUAUGGUACAUGCGAAGGUAAUCGGGGUGGGGGAGACUGUGGUGCGGGGAGUCUAAGUAAGUGUGUGUGUAUGUGUAAAUAGGAAAAGCAUGUUGUUGUGCUCCUCAUGCUGGUGCUGGCUAACAGGAUGUGAAUAUGGCGUCCGGGGUGUGAGGGUGAGGUUGAGGGUGAUAAAAAUGUUGAUGUAAAUUGCAAAAAACAGUUUUUAUGUCCCAUUGCCGCAUCUCUGUCGCUCUUCUCUCCUCCUCCAUUCAAAAACGGAGGACAACUUGAAGGCGGCCUGCGUGUGAAGUGGUGCAAAAUAUAUUAAACAAGGGCGGUUGGAGCUGAAGCAGCUCCUCCCCAUCCCCCGUCAUUAGGUGGUUGCUUCCGCUUUGAAGUGCCAUUGUUAGUCUAGUUUUUUUUAUUUUAUAUUUUAUUUGGUCUAUUUAUAACGCAUCAUCAAUAUUUUUGCCAUGCUAAUGUCAAACUGAAUAUGCGAUGCGCUGCGCAACACUGGAGGCAUUGACAAAGCUGUCAAAGUAGCGAGGAGAAACUACAUUAGUUCGAGGUAAAAAUUCACAACGCACGGAACCUGGAUAGAGUAUCGAACUUAAGUAUUUAAAGUUGACUUCAAUUCGGAUUUCUAAGGAGCUGACUAUAUCGAGGCAACCCUUUCAAGGCUUGCUAAAUGGCGUUCAUGGUCGAUCUUAAGCUGCCGACUCGCGUCCAACCGGAGGUGUUUCCACGACCAGACAGCUGUGGCGUCCACACAAAUAAGAUAGAUUUUCUGAAACGACAACUGCUCGAUAAGAUACCCGGCAAAUCCUUCGCCCCUGACUUUAUGCAACCGGUGGAUUCGGAACUGCUAAAUGUGCCCGCCUACUACAUGAUCAUCACCGAUCCUAUGGACGUGGGCACCAUUAUUAAACGUGUCCAGAACCAAUACUACCAAUGCGUCGAUGAACUCAUCGAUGACUUGCGACUGGUUAUCGACAAUUGCUUUAAAUUCAAUCGUCCCGGCGAAGUUGUCUACCGGAAGGGUAUGCAGCUGGAGAAGUUCUUCCUUAAAGUCCUGGACCAAAUGCCGCCAGGACCUGAGUAUCCCAGCAGCAGGAAUCCACAAGCUGAACCCAAUCCCCCGCCAUCGGAGAAUACGUUGACAGCGAGGGAGCGUCUGUGUCGCGAAGACUUGAAGAAGCUGCAGAACUGUUACGUCGAUGAGGUGGAUGAAGAAGUGAGGGAAUUCUUCAAGGAGAAGUGGUGCGCGCUGUCCAAGAGGAUUAGCAAACAUGCCUUCAAGACGCUAGAGGAUUUUCAUAUGACCGUUGAUAACAUAUUUCUGCAGAGCCAAGAACAGGCGAAGAGAGUCUACGGGAAUGCCUUCUUUGUGCCCCUGGAAAGUAUCUCUUUGCAGCCCCAUAACAAUCAACUAACCGAGCUGCUCUACGAGGUGAAGCGGAUGGAUGGCAGCCUAAGAGCUCCCUAUAAUGUACAGGCCAAGUGGGAACAUGGCCUAAUGGAUGGCAUUGACUUUAUGAUCGAGAAGCUGAGCAAGAAACUCGAUACAUGUCGCCACGUCGAGGAUGAACGAUACUUGGUUGGCCAGGAGUACUGGAGAAGACAAAGAAUGGUUUCAAGCAAUGGGCACAAGCUGAUGAGUGUCCUGGCUACAAGCUCCAUAAAUGGCAUUAAGGCGGAACCCAAUUUCAGUAAGUCGGAUCGUCAUACGAUGAUGCAACAGUUUGCGAUGAUGCCCAUGCAUGUGAAAGAUGAAAUCAUGGACAUCAUCGCCCGGAACGAAGAUAUAACCUGCGAUAAUUAUGCUCUGCAGUGGUACGAUUUUGAGAACUUCAACAACGAGACGCUGCUGGGCAUGAAGAAGGUGAUGCUACCGCACACCAAACUCAAUCUGCGCAACAUGAACACCUACGAGAAGGCGGACCUGCAACGCUCCCUCGAGAGCCGAUUGGAGACCAUCAAUCAGGUCUUGAGUGGACAUCGACGCAAGUGUCCGAGAGGGAUGCGGGGCAGGAUGCCGGCGAGGAAACGAGCACGCUAUUUCACAAAUUGCGUGACCAAGAAGAGUUGCAGUCUGCAACAGCAAGAUCAGAAACAACAGCGGAGAUCCUCACCGGAGAGUAGCGACGACAGCGACUCAAGUGAUUCGAGCAGCUCCAGCAGCGACUCCACCGAUCGGAGCGAUCCCUCUGAUGACUCUUUGUAGAUAUUUUCCAUUGACAUUUUUUAAUAAAAGCGAAUUAAA